AUGGCAAUAGCGGCAAAAGCGCGAUUCGCCGAGGAACAGAGAGACAUCGGAUACUGCCAGCUGUUCGUCGAUAGCCUUUCCGGACCCGCCUUAACUUGGUUCUCAAGGCUUAAGGCAAAUUCGAUCGAUAACUUCACCCAGUUGUCAAAGGCUUUUCUCACACACUAUCAAAUUUUCAUCAAGCGAGGCGUGAUGAAUUCAGACCUUUGGGAGAUGGCCCAAGAACCCGGCAAAUCCAUCGAUAGUUUCUUAGGCAGGUUUAAGGAGAAAUUGGCAAACGUCUCCGUUCAAGAAGACACCACAAUCGCUGCCUUCAGGAAGGGUCUACUUCCUGGAUCCCCGUUGCGGAAGGAUCUUAAUAUCCGGGAAACCAAAGACCUCGAUGAUGCGCUGCACCAAGCCUCCCGCUACGCACUCAUGGAGGAAGAGGACGCACGAUUGGCAGCGAAAAAAACCUCCACACCGUCGUAUCUCCCGAAGGCUAAAAGUCGCGACGAGCAUCACGAGCCCCGGAAGCAUCACGACCCUCAGGAUCGGAAGAAGGGCAUCAUCCAUACAGUCUCCGAAGUGGACAGCCAAAAUAGCCAACCGUCCGACCCAAAGGAGUUAUAUUCCGAUUUCCACAUGAUCGCCGGUCAUUCCACCCACGAGUGUGUCCAUCUAAAGAAUUACCUGUAUGGAAAAUACCUUUCUGGUGAAGUCGAAGCUGUCUUUGAGCCGAAGAGCAUCCGCAGAGAUAGAGGUCGCCGAGGAGGAUGGCGAGGUGGACGAUCUAACGGUGGCCAUGGUACAGGAGGCCGUGGACGAGGCUACAUGAACAAUGGCCCGGCCAACGAUAUUCAACAGCCAGCCAACCAAGUGUUGGCAAAUCAUCAAGAAGAAAUGCCCCAGGUGGACGAACUGCCUGGUCCUCCCAAGCGACAGAGAGGGCAGAAUCCUGAGCGCGCCAAAUAA